ACAUGAAUUCUGCAGGGGUAUAUAGUCCUGUAGUUCUCAUUACUGUGUUUUUGGCACUGGCUGAGACCAAAUUCUACAGACCACCUCAGUAUUAUCCCUAUAAAGGUCCCAGUGCACACUAUGAAGCAGAGAACCCCACCAGCCGACACAAGAACCACUGUGCAUAUGUUGUUGAAAAGAUGAUGUCAUUCACUGUCCAGGACGGAGUAGCGCCUUAUGUGAAAGCAGAGUACAAUAAAUGUUCCUGGGGACAAAAAUGCCCAACUUUGCAAUAUCGUUUGAUGUAUAAACCCAUUUUUAAAGUGGCACAUAAAACUGUGACAGAGUUGGAGUGGCGUUGCUGCCCAGGGUACACUGGUUAUGCCUGCAUGGAGGGAGCUUAUCAUCACUCUAUGCCACCAUUUAAAGGUCCCCCAGUGAUGAAGGGGCCCCCAAUGAAGGGUCCGCCAAUGAUAAAAGGGCCCCCAAUGAAGGGUCCACCAAUGAUGAAGGGGUCCCCAUUGAUGAAGGGUCCACCAAUGAUGAAUGGACCACCAAUGAAGGGUCCACCAAUGAUGAAGGGUCCGCCAGUGAGCAGGCCACCAUUUAAAGGACCACAAUGGGUUCAACCUAAUGGACCUUCAACCACAAGAUUUAACACCCCCGCAGUGCAUAAUUUUGACCCUCCAACAUCCUCCUCCUACCAAGACACCUCCUUUGAGCCUCAUCCAGCUGAGACAGAAUCACUGCCUGAACACCAAGUCCCCCUCCAGCACCCAGACUCUCUCCACCAGGAGCAUGGGCCAGUCCCUGUGCUCCACGGCCCAGAGGAACAUCUGCCAGAGGAGGCUGCGGCACCUGAAAGUGAACAUACUGAAGGUCAAGCUCUUUACAAUGAGAUGGAAGAAAGGCUACUACAAAUGGAGGAAGAAGUUCAGCGUUUGAACCAUGGUCUAGAGACGCUGCGAGGUACAGUGAACGCACUAGAGGGCAACCUGCGAGCCUCUCUCAGAGAGGACGCCAACAGAAUGCUCUCCACCCUGCUCUCUGCUGCCCCGGCCCCUGUUCAGGCCUCAGCUGCUGCCUCUGGAUCAAUCUCUGUGGGCUUUGGAGAGAUUCCAGGAGACACUCAUGCAGAUGGUAUCGAUGGAGGACAAACCAUUCCAGAACUAACAGAACUAAAAGAAAAAGUAGAUGGUCUGAAAUCUGAGCUGCAGGUCAAGAUAACAGAGCUCAAUGAGCUGAAAGCAGCAGUGACUGGACAUGACAAUGCACUAAAGAAGCUAUCAAACCAAGCCAGAACAGCCUCUGGCUCCCUUGUCAUUUCUGAGGACAACAAAGCUCUAGAAACCAUGAUGGAUGCCAAGCUCAGUGCAGCACGAACAGAGAUCCUGGGAGGGUUUGAGAAACGUGUGGAAACAGCAGAAAGCCGCUGUGUGGAGAAGGCCGGAGACGUGCAUCGUCAGUGCAAGAAAGAGCAAGGAUUAACACAGGAGCACAUAGAGGACGCUUUAGCAGAAAGUACUACAGAUUUUAAAACAGAGAUGAUUCAGCUUCAGCUGCAAAUAAAUGACCUCAAAGCAACUAACAGCUGUUGUAGCCAAAUGGCAGGUCUAGUUCAAAGAGUAGAGUUGCUGGAAGCAUCAAUGACAGGACUAAACCAGUCACAGGGGCAUCUGCGAGUAGAGAUGAGUGGGCAUAAGGACCACAUAGAAGGCAUUUUAGAAGGGCGUCUGGCAUACUUAGAGGAGAAACUCAAUGUUACAGGACAUACACAGAGUAAUGACACUGAAAGGAGAAGCGAUGUGUUUGAGAUGGCUGAAAUGCGACUUGCUUUAGAGGACAGAAUGGAGGUUAAGCUGAGGGCUUUGGAGGGCCGUCUUCUAACUGCAGUGGAGGAGCUGAGUAAUGCUACUGCCCCUGCUCUGCUAGAGGGCCAUGCUAUCCCCACAUUGGAGACAGAGCUGGAGUCUCUGCAGAGUCGGUUGGAAGUGGAUGUAGACAGAGUUCAGAAACAGAUAAACAAUCUGGAGAUGCUCUGCUCCUCUUCCUGUUCUUCCCCCAAAACCCCCUCCCCCAUCCAAGCAGACUCAGCCAGUGUGAAUGAACCAAAUUUUAGUGGGACAGUGGACGCUCACGUUGACCGUUUAAACAAACUCAAUGUUACAUUGCAGAUCAUACUCAAGAACCUCCUAGAGCAACAAGAACAAGAAUCUCCGAUUCAUGGGGAGCUCACAGUUCUAAAGUUCAACAUGUUUUCUGUUAACCACACGGUUAGGGGGCUCCAGGAAUCCCUUGGGACAGUGGUGGAGCAGGUGGACCAGGCCAACAGCUCAUGGCACGAGCGAGAGGCGCGACUGGCUCAUCAGAUGAAGGGCGUGGUGCAGCUAGUCAGCCGUCAGGCCUCUAUGCUCGGCUCAGGAGAACGCAGACUCACCCGCCUCAAGGCAGAGCUGUUGGACAUGAAGAGGAGACUGGCUGAUGAGGUGAGGGGCUGCCGUAGCACGGCUCUCGGCGUCCAAAGAGAGGUGACAGAGGUGGGCGGGCGUGUGGCGAGCAUGGAGAACCAGUGCAAAGGGUUAACUUUCGUGGCAGAAGACCUAGAGAGGAUAAGGGAGGAGCUGGAUAAACAGUCCACAGGACUCCUCCUCCAGGUGAACGGGACACUGUCCAGCCACACGCAGCAGCUGUCUGAGCUCAAAGACGAACUCAGAAACUGCACAAUUAAAAUAGAGCCAACACAACAAAGUCUAGAGUCAGAGGAGGCUCCACGAGGGGACACCUUCACAUUAAAUUAACUACAAACAUUUCCACUAAAGCUCACUUGACUUGACUUAAAAAAAACACAAAGGUUUUGAACCUGCACUGAAGCAAACAUGCUAAAAGUUUGUGUCUUGAAGAUUUCUAUCAUUGACAGAUAGAAACUACAAAGGCAGCUAAUUCCACUGACAUUUUGCAUAGAAUAGAAUAGUUUCUUCA